AGAGAAACGUUGUUGAAGCUCUCACAAGGAUGGAGAACCAACAUAUACAGAAUUGGUUCCAAAGAACAAAGCCACUAAUAGCAGUUGUGUCUUUGCAGUUUGGAUAUGCAAUCAUGGAUAUUUUAUCCAAGGCUGCAAUGAACAAGGGGAUGAGUAAUUAUGUAUUUGUUGUGUAUCGCCAUGCUGUUGCAUUCAUUGUCUUAGCUCCUUUUGCUUUGGUUCUUGAGAAGAAAGUAAGGCCAAAGAUGACACUUUCAAUCUUCAUGAAGAUAGUGGCGCUAAGCUUGCUAGAGCCAGUUAUUGACCAGAAUUUGUAUUUUUUGGGGAUGAAGUACACAACAGCAACCUUUGCAGUUGCCAUGUUCAAUGUUGUUCCUGCCAUUACCUUCUUCUUCGCUUGGAUUCUUAGGCUUGAGAAGAUAAAAAUAAGAAGUAUACGCAGCCAAGCAAAGCUGGUGGGAACUCUAGCAACUGUUGGGGGCGCUAUGGUCAUGACACUUAUGAAAGGCCCAAUACUUUUUGGGACACAAGGAGGCAAUAACAAUAACGAGCAACAUAAUGGGACAGACACUCAACAUACAAUAGUGGGAUCCGUAAUGAUCAUAAUUGGAAGCAUUUGUUGGGCUUGGUUUGUGAUACUCCAAUCCAUUACCCUUAAUUCCUACCCUGCCCCACUCUCUCUUGCCUCAUUGAUAUGCCUAUUGGGCACAGUUGAAGGUGCCGCAGUUGCUAUGAUUAUGGAAAGGGGCAAUUCUUCAGUUUGGGCUCUAAAAUGGGAUACGAGUCUGCUCUGUUCUGUCUACACUGGUAUAGUCUGCUCAGGAUUGGCUUAUUACUUGCAAGGAGUAGUGAUGAAAACUAGAGGCCCAGUCUACGUGACAGCAUUUAAUCCCCUCUGCAUGGUAAUUGUGGCUGUCAUGGGCUACUGCAUUCUUGCUGAGCAAAUAUUCCUUGGAAGGGUGAUCGGUGCUGUUGUCAUUUGUUUGGGCCUGUAUCUUGUGGUGUGGGGUAAAAGCAAAGAUUACAACACACCAAAUCCAAUUAUUCAAGAGCCCCCUAUAUUGCCGGUAGUUGAGGGCAAUGCUAAGAAGGAACAUUGUGCUAACGUGGACACCACUAAGAGUGAUUUUGGAACUAGAGUCACAACACGAGAUGAACAAGUAUGAGGAAAGUUUACAAAUUAUUAUGUAAGUUUCAACUAUCCUAGGACCAUUCCAGCUACUGUACAUCUUCCAGAUGUCUAUAUAGAGCAAAAGCAGCUGUGUUUGU